UUAUGGGCAUAAUUAUGUAAAUAUCUUGUCUGCAUCACAGUCGCAGAUCAGUCAGACCUGCCAUGGAAAGCACAGCUGCACUCUACGCCUCUCUAACUCUAAUCUUUCUCCUUCCAAUUAUCCGGCUCCUUAUCCAAUUUUCAGGUUUCAGAUCCAACCAGAAGCUUCCUCCAAGCCCGCCACGGCUUCCCUUCGUCGGCCAUCUCCACCUCCUGAAGCCACCCAUCCACCGCACCUUCCAUAAACUCUCUCAAACCUACGGCCCCAUCUUCUCCCUCCGCUUCGGCUCUCGCCUCGUCUUUGUAGUCUCCUCGCCGUCAAUCGCGGAGGAGUGUUUCACUACGAAUGACGUCGUUCUCGCCAACCGCCCACGUUUGCUCGUCGGCAAGCAUAUUAGCUACAACUAUACCACCAUGGCCACGUCACCUUACGGCAGCCAUUGGCGCAACUUACGCAAAAUCGGCGCUAUCGAGAUCUUCUCCUCUAACCGUAUCAACAUGUUCUCCUCUAUUCGAAAGGACGAGGUCAGGCGGCUCAUCUGCAGACUCGCCCGUGACUCGCGCCGGGGAUUCAUAAAAGUGGAAUUGAAGCCUCUGAUCUCGGACUUGACUCUUAAUAAUAUGAUGAGAAUGGUUGCAGGGAAGAGGUAUUGCGGCGAUGGAGUGAGCAACGGGAAAGAAGCCAAUGAGUUUAAGGAGCUUAUAUCGGUGGUGCAUGAGCUUGCCGGUGCGUCGCAUCCAGGCGAUUUCUUGCCAGUGCUGAAAUGGAUUGGUCACAAUUACGAGAAAAAGGUGAAGAAUACUGCGAAAAGAAUGGAUGGAUUCUUGCAAGGUUUGAUUGAUGAGAAGAGAAGAAAUGAAGAAGAAGGAAACUCCAUGAUCGACCACUUGCUCUCUCGUCAACAGUCAGAACCCGAAUACUACAACGAUCAAAUUAUCAAAGGCCUCAUAAUGGUAAUACUAGUAGCAGGAACUGAUACAUCGAUGGUUACAAUAGAGUGGGCACUGUCUAAUUUAUUUAAUCAUCCUGACAUUUUGAAUAAGGCAAGAGCAGAGAUUAAUGUUAAAAUUGGUGAAAAUCGUUUAAUUGAUGAAUUUGAUCUCCCCAAACUUGAAUACCUUCAAAAUAUUAUAUUUGAGACAUUUCGUUUGUAUCCGGCAGCUCCUCUCUUGCUUCCUCAUAUGUCAUCUGACCAGUGUGUUAUUCAUGGUUAUAAUAUGCCAUCAGAUACAAUUUUAUUGAUCAAUGCAUGGACUAUACACAGAGAUUCUGAGAUAUGGAAAGAUCCAACAAGUUUUAAGCCAGAGAGGUUUGAAAAAAAUAAAGAAGAAGCUCUUAAAUUGAUCAUGCCAUUUGGGUUAGGGCGAAGGACUUGUCCCGGUGCAGGAUUAGCUCAAAGAUUGGUAAGCUUGGUACUAGGAUCCUUGAUUCAAUGUUUUGAAUGGGAGAGAGUGAGUGAAAAAGAGAUUGAUAUGCGAGAAGGGAAAGGAAUCACAAUGUCCAAAUUAGAGCCGCUAGAAGCCAUGUGCAGAGCUCGUCCAAUCAUGGAUAAAGUUCUAAAGUAUGCUGAUUAGUUAUAAAUUCACGUGAUUUGCAUCGGAAUAAACUUGAUCCAGAAGCUCACAAUGAGUAGAAUUU